UGAACGAUACCAUUUAGCAACGGAUUGUGUGCCAGCUAGCGAAGGGUCUCAUUCGUGUUCACACGAGGCAUUUUAAUUUUUAUAUGGAACUUUGUGAAUAAUUUCGUGUAAAGGAGGCUUUGUUAAAAUUGUCGAUAUUAUAUUAACGCCAUGAGGGUCAUAUUAUAUCUUUAUAUAAUAUCGAUAUUUAUACCUGUUGUUGUUCAAAGUUUGGAAGUUACUACGGAUGGCAAGGAAGAGUUUGCGGAGGGCUCUGAGGCGCUGCUUACCUGCAAGUAUACACCGACCGAUGCUCUUGGCGUGGAUAUCACAUGGACACGUGCAAACGCAUCAGACAACAUCCAAAAUUUAGUCGUGAGAAACAUUGUACAAGACGAGUACAAAGCACGGAUGGAGCUUGAGGUUUCCAGCAAUUUCCAAGGUAAAGCCGGCCUGAGGAUCUUUAAAGUAAGGAGAGAAGACGCCAUGUUUUACUAUUGUGAUAUAUUCAGAGAAAAUGAUAACUCGCCUACAAAAGUGACGACUCUGGACGUACAGUGGAACUAUAAGCCAAAGAUCACAAGCGACGCAUCAAAACAAACUCUCCAAGUUGGAGAUAACGUGACGGCGACGUGCAUCCCCAAUGGUCAUCCAACCCCAGUAGUAUCUUGGCUAAUGGACAACCAGACGAUUCAGAUAGAUGAAAGGUUCACUAUCAACGAGAACACGUCAUCCUUGCACAUCGCAGGGGUUACCAGGGAAGACCACGCCCUCCUUAGUUGUAGUACACAAAAUGCUGUAAAUGUAUUGACGAGUGAUCAAAUCGAACUUGACAUACAAUAUGAACCCAAGGUGUAUUUAAACCAAUCAGACAACUUUAUCCAAUGCGUUAGCCAAGCAAAUCCCGUUGCAUACCUAACUGAAUUUCAAAUCGAUGACGCUGAACCUGAGAAGAGUAGCAAUGGUGUGUAUGAACUGACAGGAAGCGAAUGCGUCAACAUAACGUGUUUCGUUACCAAUACAAUGGGAAUUGGAAACGCGUCAGAUAUUGUCUGUCCUUUUUAUAUUCCACCGACAUAUCAACCAAGUACAGGUCUCGGUGGUGGUGCUAUUGCUGGUAUUGUGAUCGGUUGCUUAGUGUUGGUUGGUGCCGUAGUUAUCCUUGUACUUAUCUUACUUGUACAACAUAAAUCCGGAACUUACGAGGAACCAAAGAAAUCAAAAUGGGAAUUCGCUCAAGACAACGACGACAUGUACGAGAACCAAAAACCCUCAAGCACAGGAGCCGGCGCAGGGACCGAUACCGGAUCUGACGCAGGUAAAACAACGAUUAAAUUGAAUACUGAGGAGAUUUUUUAUUGUUGUAUAUGUUAA